AUGCGUGUCGAAUUCGUGCUCAAAAACUCAUUUCCAUUUUCUGCUCGUCUUGCGAACAUUGCCGUGAAACCAAAUAAAAUGAUAAUGUUAUUUUUCGCUGAGAAGAAGGAACGACGAACUGCCAUGGACAUCGAACGUCCAGAUUCUCCAUUGCCGCCAUCCGACGACGAAGGGCUCCCGGGAUUCUCGCGACCAUCGACACCACUGGACGAGUCGAAAAUCGAAGAAGCCAUGGAAUGCGACGAGCAAAAUGACGGCAAAGUGCAAGAAUGUGAGAUGGAUGAGAUUAAUGAGGAUGAGCAGGAUUCUGGCAACGACAAAAUGGACGAUCACGACAACGCCGACGGGCCAGGCGACAUAUGUGACUAA